ACCAAAAGUUUCGAUGUCUACCGACGUGAUCGGAGGCGUUAUUUCGUCAUUAUUUUUGGAAAAUGUGACUGGCUUCAAACGCGCAAUUGAGUUUAUGUUAUUCUUUUAGACUUUCGUAUUCUGCAUAUUGAUUUUUGUUACUCACCGCAUAAGCGGCAUUUUCGAUUGUGGCCGUCGAUUCUGAUUUGGGGCCAUUUUCGCGAAGAGGAAGAAGACAUAAAUGCGGUUAUUACAUUUGAAGCAUGUAUAAUUUAAAAAUAACAAGUUAUCUAGUUAACCAAUUUUGCAUUGUGUCGCACUGUAACGCCGCUAGUAUCGUUCAUAAUUUUUUACAGUACAAAAUAGAGACUAGCGAUUGCUAGAAUGAACGGAGCUUUAAAUGGACUUCUGCGAUUAUAUCCAAUAGUACGCCAUUGGACAGUCCUAUCGAAUUAUGUAGUACCUUUACAAACGAUACAAAAAGUAUCACGAAUUUGUAAUACCAGUUUGACAAAUCAUAUACAGCUGGAGGAUUGUACAUCAUCAGCAGAAAAAAAUUAUGUAUUCAAUGAUAUCAAGUCAUAUAAAUAUAUGGAAAUAUUGGAGAAAAUAACAAAAAAUAAUAUAAAUAUGACUCUAGAAGAUGCUAUUAACACGAUGUGUAUAUUAUCUAAAGCUUUUAAACACGUGGAUGAUAGAGAUUUGCAAAAUAUUAACCAGCAUAUAGGUUUUAUGCACCUGUGCGAAGUAUUAAAUAGAAAUAUUAGACUUAUGAAAACCAACGAAAUUAUUAUUAGUCUGAAAGUAUUGACAUAUUUUAAGAUUCCAGUCAACUCAGUUUUAAUUCAGUCAUUAUUGCAAAUGAUUCGUGCAAAUAUAAAUGAACUAUCACUUAAAAAUAUAAUUAUUAUAUCAUUUAUAUUCAAGAAAAUGGAUAGUACACCAUUGAGGGAUGCUUUAUUGAUAGCACUGCCUGUUGUUUUUGAGACGCAGUUACCUACAAAAUUAGAUCCAGAUAAUAUUAUUAUGUUGAAACGAUCUUUAAGAUUUAUAAAUGAAAAUAGUAUUAAUAAUCCAAAAAUACAAAAUAUAAUACUGAAGUCAUUACAAAAAUUUGAAAAGGAUCUGGAUGCACAAACAGCUUGGUCUAUACUUUGUAGCUUAUGUGUUACCUCUUAUCUAUCUCCGAUGCAUUUUGAAUUACUAUUUAACAUUCAGAAGAUUUUAAUAAGUAAUGCAAAACAAUUAAAUAUGGGAGAGAUAUUAACGGGACUUCAUAAAUUAGUGUUGGCCAUUGCAAGGAACAAAGAAUAUGGAUGCAAGUUUUACAAUGAAGCACUGAUGGAUGCUUUUGUCAAUUCAGCAUUAUCUACAGAAGAACUUUCUUUUAACAAUUGUAUCCGUCUGCUGAAACAUUUGAAUGAUCUAAAUUAUGUUCAUAUACCCUUUUUAGAAUAUUUAGCAGCAAAAUGUUUCGAAAAACCAAAAUUACUAGAAAACUCAUCAUAUUUUAGAAUAUCUAUUUUCUUAGAAGGAUUAAUUAAUGCUGAUUACAAACCAGUAUUUUGGGAUAUUAUACGAAAUGCGAUAUUGGCGAAUGAAGAGAUAUUGGAGAACAAAAUGUUUAACACAUCUAUGAUUCAAUUUGUUCUACAUUUGAUUGCAUUAGAUUGUUACAGCCCAAGUUUAAUCAGCAAAGUCUUUUCUCAGAUAUGUAACAAGAUUAUAAAAACUGAUCCAAUGAACAAUAUAUAUAUGAGAGAGUUAUUACUUUUGUAUCAGAGUGUUAAGACGCUGUAUCCUAUGUAUAAUGGACCAUGGCCAUCGCAAGAUUUACUUGAAGAUGCUGUAAACAUACACAGAACAUUGCUUAGUUCCAUACGUCCUACAUUUUCCUUAAAACCGGCAUUAGAAUUAGCGUUAGGUGGCCCUCAGUAUGUUCAUAAUAGCUUGAGGACAAAACUUGGACAUUACAUUGAUCACGUUAUUGUAAUGAGAAAAGGAGGAUAUCCUAUUGCAAUUAAUACAUCUAAUGUACUGGCGUACAAUACAACUAACGUGUACGUUGAAGAUAUACAAACUCCAAGCCAAAGUCAGAUGAUACUUAUUUUCAAUUUACCUGAAGCUGCAUAUGCUGUGAAUUCUCAAAGAAUAAAAAGUACAUGGUCAUUAAAAAUAAAAUCCGUUGAAGCAUUAAUAAAAACAAAUGUAAUUGCGAUAAAUUCUAGUUCUUGGAUGAAAUUACCAGAAUACGAAAAAGUUCCAUAUCUGAUGCGAGCUAUAAGAUUAAAAUGUGAAGAUGAUUCAUCCUUAACGAAAUAAAAUAUAUUUUAUAAUCGACAAGAAAAUGUGUAGGAUUGUCGGAUAUAUUCUGAAUGAUAUUUUUUGAAUGUAACUAAUAUAUGUAUAUACAGAGUGUUUUUUUAAAACGCUC